AUGACCGAGAACCACAGCAAAUGCCUUCCGGACGUCGACGUCUGGAAGAAGGCGCCCCUUCUCAAGGGAAGCACUCGAUUUGAGCCGCUCCCAGACGUCAAGAACAUUAUGAUCACCGGUGGAGCCGGCUUCAUUGCAUCCUGGGUAGCACGCCAUCUCACGUUGACGUAUCCUCAAGCCUAUAAUAUUGUCUCCUUUGACAAGCUUGACUACUGCUCGUCAAUGAAUAAUACCCGAGCCCUAAACGAUAAGCGGAAUUUCACCUUCUACCAGGGCGACCUCACGCACCCGUCCGAGGUGCUCGACUGCCUCGAGAGAUAUAAUAUCGACACCAUCUUCCACUUCGCCGCCCAAUCCCACGUGGAUCUCAGCUUCGGAAAUUCCUAUGGCUUUACUCACACCAAUAUCUACGGCACCCAUGUUCUUCUAGAGAGUGCGAAGAAGGUUGGCAUUAAGCGGUUUAUCCAUGUUUCUACGGAUGAGGUCUACGGCGAGGUCAACGAGGACGACGACGACCUAGUCGAGUCUAGUAUUCUGGCCCCAACCAACCCCUACUCUGCUAGCAAGGCAGCUGCGGAGAUGCUCAUCGGCUCGUACCAAAAGAGCUUUAACCUUCCGGCCAUCAUUGUUCGAAGUAACAACGUUUAUGGGCCACACCAAUACCCCGAGAAGGUCAUCCCCAAGUUCAUUUGUCUCUUGAAUAGGGAUCGCCCCAUGAUCCUUCACGGGGAUGGCUCUCCUACCCGACGAUAUCUUUACGCUGGCGACGCGGUCGACGCCUUUGAUACGAUUCUCCACAAGGGUCAAAUAGGGCACGUCUACAAUGUGGGAUCCUUUGAUGAGAUCUCCAACUUUGACCUCUGCGGAAAGAUGCUGGAUGCCAUGGGUAUUGCGGCACCUGGAGACAAGGGCGGUUGGGUAAAGUACUCCAAUGACCGACCUUUCAACGACCGCCGGUACGCAGUCGAUGCCACCAAGCUACGAAAGCUGGGCUGGCAGCCGCAGACUGCGUUCCACGAUGGUCUACAGGCCACCGUUGACUGGUACCGACGUUUCGGGGAGACAUGGUGGGGCGAUAUCAGUCAUGUCUUGACGCCAUUCCCAAUGGUGAAUGACGACAAAGUCGUGUUGCCAGACAACGAGACCAGCGUAAGCACCCGAGCACAUAUGUAG